CGUUAGGGUUUUGCGUCGCUUUCGUUUACCUCUCUCUUCUUGUCUCUGUUCUCUACGCCGCCGAGGUUCUCGCGAUCGCGAAGAUGAAGGUGGUGGCGUCGUACCUCCUCGCCGUUCUCGCGGGCAACUCCGCCCCCUCCGCGGAGGAUCUCCGAUCCAUCCUCGAAUCAGUGGGUGCGGAGGUGGAGGAGGAGAGGAUCGAGCUGCUUCUGAGCGAGGUGAAGGGGAAGGACAUCACCGAGCUCAUCGCCUCCGGGAGGGAGAAGUUCGCCUCCGUCCCGUCGGGAGGGGGCGUCGCCGCCGUCGCCGUCGCCGCCGGAGGGGGAGGCGGCGCCACCGCUGCCGCGCCAGCCGCGGCGGAGCCCAAGAAGGAGGAGAAGGUCGAGGAGAAGGAGGAGUCGGAUGAGGAUAUGGGAUUCAGCUUGUUCGAUUGAGCAUUGAGCGCGUCUUUUUGGGAUUCAGAUCGUUCUACAGAGUGUUUAGGUUAAAUCCUUUCGUUGAGCACAUCGAUGUAGUCUUUUUUGUCGUAUUUCGUUUGGGUUUUUAAUCUUUUCAAAUUCUAAGUGAUGGAAAAUUUUGAUUAUGUUGCAAAAUGUUGCUUAUUCUAGAAAUUUUGAAGUACUUCAAAUCAUUUUCUCUGCUGUUGGCGUUUGGUAUUAAGUUGAAGUAUUUCAUCACAAUAUUCUGGCAAUUUAGCUGAUUAUAGUAAUAACUGGGGAGUGUUUUGAUUCGC